CGCGGAUCAAGUCGGCCCGCAAAACUUUCCACACACAACAUACACAUGUGUACUGGCGACAGAUUAGUUGACCCACAAGUAGCAACAAAAAAAGAACCAUGUUGUCACAGAAUUUACGCCUCGUCCGGGGAUUGCUUAAUUACGGAGUUUGCCGCCCGAGCUUGAGAAACUUCGCAGCCGUUGGCGAUAAAAACAACGCAGCCGAUAAUGCUAAUGCCAGCGAUGUGGACGAACGCCACCCGCUGCAUGGUAUCCGGAUUUUGGACCUAUCGCGCAUCAUCGCCGGCCCCUAUUGCACCAUGGUUCUGGCGGAUCUCGGCGCGGAAGUUAUCAAGGUGGAGCGUCCACACUUUGGCGAUGAGGCGCGUAAGUGGGGACCACCCUUUCUAAAGAACAGCAACGAUGCCGCCUACUUCCUGGCUCCCAAUCGCAAUAAACGGAGCAUCUGCAUCGAUAUCAAGCGCGGCACGCAACUCCUUCAUCGCCUGGCCGAGAUUAGCGACGUGCUGGUGGAGAAUUAUGUGCCCGGCACCUUGGAGCGUUACGGCCUGGGCUACGAGCAGUUGCGUAAGGUGAAUCCCAAACUGAUCUAUUGCUCAAUGACGGGUUAUGGCUCUGUGGGACCGUAUGCCAAGCGACCCGGCUACGAUGUGAUUGCCUCCUCGGUUGGAGGACUGAUGCACAUCACCGGCGAGCGGGAUGGACCGCCCAGCAAGGUGGGCGUGGCUGUGACGGAUAUGUCCACAGGACUGUACGCCCAUGGAGCAAUUUUGGCAGCCCUCUAUCAAAGGACCCGCACGCAACGUGGCCAGAAGAUCGAAGUCGACCUGUUGUCCACCUGCUGCUCCCUGCUGCUCAACGUGGGUAGCAACUACCUGAAUUCCGGGGUCGAAGCAGGAAGGAUGGGCACCGCACACUCCAGCAUCGUUCCGUAUCAGAGCUUCAAGACGAAGGACGGCUAUCUCACCCUGGGCACUGGCAGUGAUGUUCAGUUUGUGGACCUGUGUCGCCGCCUAAAAGUGGAACAUUUGGCGCAGAAUCCCAAAUUCAAGACCAACAAGGAUCGUGUGACCAAUCGAGUGGAGCUGCUGGGAAUCCUAGAGCAAAUGCUAUCCGAGGACACCUCGCGCAACUGGAUGAAACUUUUCGAGGGCGCCUCCUUUCCCGUGGGACCUGUUAACUCCAUUCCCGAGGUCUUCGAGGACGAGCAUAUAAAAGCCAUUGGCCUGGUGAAAAGCCUGCGGCAUCCCAAGGACGAAACAGUCAAGGUGGUUGGUCCUCCUGUGACCUUCAGCGAAGCGCGAAACGAUGCCCGGACAGCUCCUCCGAUUCUUGGCCAGCACACGGAUGAAGUGCUGGGCGAACUACUGGGUUACGGGCCGGAUGAGCUGGCCAAGCUGAAGAAGGAUAACAUUAUUCAGUAACCCGAUUGGGAUUUCGGACAGUCUAAAGUGAUUUGAAUUCCUAAAUCCUCUGAUAUAUACUGCUUUAUAUGGUCUUUUGCGACCAAUAUUUUAGUGAUAAUCAUGCAUUUACCAUUAGACCGACUAAAGGCCUUAAAAAAUAAAUGACAAUUUCUCAU